UUCUGAAUGCAUCGAAAGGCCUCUUGAUGUCGUUAGAUAUUUACUUGAACUUGAGUCAAAUUCGGGAGAACAACUGGGUAUAGAUCAGGCAAACAUUCCAGCAUAUUUUAAAACUAUUUUCGCGUCUGAAGGAAAUGUCAAUCAGAUACCUUCAUUGAACGAUGUUUCUUGUGUAUAUGGUAUUCCGCAAUAUACACUUGUGCGCUUUCGGUCCAUGAUCCAAAAUACUGGAUUUGGACACGAAGUUUUUGUUAGUUCGUAUGAAAUGGUCAAUCGUGAUGGCAUUAAGCAAAAGAAAUUUCAUAAAUAUUCAGAUGAAAUUGUCCUUAAGGAUGAGAACUUAAAUGAUGUACUGGAAAGUCUAAAUUCUCCUUGUAAUGAAUUUAGUGAGAGGCAAUUAUUUUAUUGCACCUCUGUGCCUGGAGAGACGCAGCUUCGAUUAAAAUCUGAAACAAAUAUUGAAGAUAUCGUAAGUUCAACUGCGAAUAUUAAUUUGAAUGAUGAAAAAGCUAAUAAUGAAUUGAAAGAAUCCUCAUCAAAAUAUCCAUUUCCGAAAGAAAAUCAUAUGGCGGCAGUAAUUAAGAUUUAUGAGAAAGAGGAUUCAUUUAAAGUUACAGAUGUUGUUGAAUUUAUUGGAGUACUUAAUUAUCCGAGAAAGGCGACUAACGAUGCAAAUGAAUCGCAAUGUGAUGAAUUUAAUGUCCUUGAUGAAAAUACUGCAUCUUGUUAUAGCCCUAGUGUGCAUGUGAUAUUUUAUAGAAAGCUUCAUCCAACAGGAAAUCCGCUAAUAUCAACUACAAACUUAUCUGUGUCUCCUAACGAUGCCGAGUUGAUCAGAAGUGCUAUGGUUCAGUAUAUCGCAUCAGCAUUUGGAGGGGAUUAUUUAGUUGCAGAAUUCGUUUUGCUACAACUUUUAUCUAGAAUACAUCUUCGACAAAAUGGUUUCGCACUCGGAAAGCUCGCAUUAAAUAUCAGCAAUGCCUCUACCUGUAAUACUGUUGUAAAUGGAAAUUCGAAUAACGAUUUAAGUCUCGAACACGAUAAUUUAUUUGCAAAACGAAUCUCUUCUGUUCUCGCUUCACUUUUACCAAAAUAUCAUGACCUUCCGCUUACUCUAUCCACACUUAAUGAGUUAUUUUAUUUCCCACGUAGCAAUAAUGAACUGGAUUCCGGUGUUUUACAAGUUAGUCAAGGCACAUGGUUUUUGAUUGACGAGACGGUGCUGAAAGAAGGAAAAUUAUGCGAUACUGGAGUCCGUAACUUGAAAGCUCUUAACGAUAUAUUGGACCAUCAGAAACUUAAUUACACUUUCCCAUUUAAUAAUUAUGAAUUCGAUACGGAUAUUGGAAUAAUUAUAUUAUCGAAUGCUAAAUCAUUCCUUAAUCAUGAUUGUAACAUUCCUCUUAUUCAAAAAACCGAGAGCAUAACAAUUCUAGAUAUACCAGAAGAUACAUUAAACCAAUUCAGGAAAUAUAUUAGUAUUCUUAGAUGGACUGACUUUAAUAUCCCUGAAAAUAUUUCAAAUUAUAUUCAAACAGAUUACGUCACUCAAAGACAGAAGGCGUCGAGGAAUGGAAUACCUUUGAUAUCUCAAGAAGAUUUAAUGUUGCUUUUGAAUUUAUCAAGAUUGGUUGGUUUGAGUUUUGGCUCAUCGGAAUUAACAAAAGAAUUAUGGGAUCAUACCAAAAAAUUGGAUGAAGCUAGGAGAGAUCGUAUCUACCAUAAAGUAUAA